AUGCCUACAAAUGGAGCAACUUGUAAGAUUACAAUUUCCAGUCCAUUUUGUCCUCUGCCAGAAUGUCCAGAGCACGCAAUUCCAUUAUACAACGAAGAAAUAGACAUGAUGCAGUUUGCUCUGAAUUUGGAGCAUUUGGAAUCAGACUUUUUCCUGCAUUCUGCCCUUGGAUAUGGCCUUGAUGAGGUCGCACCAUAUUUAGUAAUGGAAGGCCCUCCGCCAACUGGGGCUCAAAAGGCCCAUCUUGAUUUUCUUGCAGAGAAUGUUAUCACUGAAUUCGGUUUUCAAGAAGUUGGCCACCUCAGGGCCAUUAAAUCAACAGGUGGAUUCCCAAGGCCUCUAAUGGAUCGUAGUCCCAAAAACUUUGCAAAAUUGUUCGAUGAAGCAUUUGUAUAUGAACUUCUGCCCCCUUUUCACCCUUAUCAUGACGGCCUCAGUUUCAUGGUGGCUUCUUAUGUAAUACCAUAUGCGGAACUACUUGGCUACGUGGGCACAAAUCCUAACAUCAAUGGUUGUGUUACAAAGCGAAAUCUGGACAGGAUGCAUACGUUAGACGAUAUCUUCAUGAAUGAGCGCAAUAAAGAAGUUAUGCACCCAUACAAUCACACGGUAGCUGAGUUCACAACCCAAGUUUCCAAGUUAAGAAACCGGUUGGCAAUGUGUGGAACCAAAGACGAAGGCGCCAUUGUACCACCACACAACUCAGGACGGAGAAUCGGACAAGAACACCCCCUAAGCAACUUAUUAUCUGCCGGUUAUAACUCCCUCUCCUACCGGAGGACUCCAGCAGAAAUUCUCAGAAUCGUGUACAGUACCGGUGACGAGCACAUUCCCAGUGGAUUCUUCCCGGAGGAAGCCAAUGGAAAAAUAGCCCAGGAACUUCUCAGAGAGCCGUAG